AUGAAUGUCUCGUAUGAGCUCUAUCUCACACAGCUGAACCUGCCUGCAUUUCCUGAUGUUGACACCUCAUUUGCCCCUCUGGGGCUGGGCAUGGGCAUCCUCAUGUCCCUCAUCGUGCUCGUCAUCGUCUUCGGCAACGUGCUGGUGAUCACCGCCAUCGCCCGCUUCCAGCGCCUGCAGACCGUCACCAACUACUUCAUCACCUCGCUGGCCUGCGCGGACCUGGUGAUGGGGCUGGGUGUGGUGCCCUUUGGUGCCAGCCACAUCAUCAUGGAGAUGUGGAAUUUUGGGAACUUUUGGUGCGAGUUCUGGACCUCCCUGGAUGUGCUCUGUGUCACGGCCAGCAUUGAGACCCUCUGUGUCAUCGCUGUGGACCGGUACUUCGCUAUCACCUCCCCUUUCAAGUACCAGAGCCUGCUCACCAAGAGCAAGGCGCGAGUGGUCAUCUUGGUGGUGUGGGUGGUUUCUGCUCUCACCUCCUUCUUGCCCAUCCAGAUGCACUGGUAUCGGGCAGAGCGUAUUGAAGCCAUUCGGUGCUACAAGGAAGACACGUGCUGCGACUUCUUCACCAAUCAAGCCUAUGCCAUUGCUUCCUCCAUCAUCUCCUUCUACCUGCCACUUGUGGUCAUGGUCUUUGUAUAUGCCAGGGUCUUCCAGGUGGCCAAGAAGCAGCUGCAGAAGAUAGACAAGAGCGAGGGGAGGUUUCACAUUCAGAACAAGGAGCAGGAGCAGAACGGGCGAACUGGGCACCGCCGUUCCUCCAAGUUCUGCUUGAAGGAGCACAAGGCUCUCAAGACCCUGGGCAUCAUUAUGGGCACAUUCACGUUGUGUUGGUUGCCCUUCUUCAUCGUGAAUAUUGUGCACGUCAUCCAGGAUGACAUCAUACCCAAGUACGUGUACAUCCUCUUGAACUGGCUGGGUUAUGUUAAUUCUGCCUUCAACCCUUUGAUCUACUGCCGGAGCCCGGACUUCAGGUAUGCCUUCCAGGAGCUCCUGUGCCUCCGCAGGUCUGCCCUGAAGAUGUAUGCCAACGGGUACUCCAACAGCAACGGCAGGGGCGACUACCACGAGGAGGACAACAGCUACCCCUUGGCAACGGAUAAAACCUGCGAGCUGCUCUGCGAAGAAGGCUCCUUCCCAAACCCUGAGGACUUUUUGCACUGCAAAGAGAUCCCGAGGUGUCCAGGAAUGGUUGACAGCUGAAUGGGUUGAUGGACUCUCUUCCUCACCACCCUGAGCUCAUGAGGGCUCUGAAGAGAUCAAGCAGGAGCACGGCCUUGCUUCUCUGAGACUGGGGAUGCUGUGGGAAGUAAUUGCCUUGGCAAAUGUCUUCAUCCCUACCCAUAGCCCAUAGUCCAUUGCUGGAAGAGAAGCUGAUGAAGGAUUAGCAGGGGACCAGGAAAAGCUCUACCAGCACUUCAAGCAGCAAAGGACACAGAUGAGG